GACCCGCGCGGGCCGUCGAGCUGAUUUAGGCGGGUCGGCUGGGCCUCAGGGUCUCCGUCGCCAUGGCCAGUCAGUCGCAAGGCAUCCAGCAGCUGCUGCAGGCGGAGAAGCGCGCCGCGGAGAAGGUGUCCGAGGCCCGCAAGCGAAAGAACCGGAGGCUGAAGCAGGCCAAAGAAGAAGCUCAGGCUGAAAUUGAACAGUACCGCCUGCAGAGGGAGAAAGAGUUCAAGGCCAAGGAAGCUGCCGCUCUGGGGUCCCAUGGCAGUUGCAGCAGUGAAGUGGAGAAGGAGACCCAGGAGAAGAUGACUAUCCUCCAGACCUACUUUCUGCAGAACAGGGAUGAAGUCCUGGAUAACCUCUUGACCUUUGUCUGUGACAUCCGCCCAGAAAUCCAUGAAAACUACCGCAUAAAUGGAUAAAGAAAAAGGAAACACCUGUUCCAUGGAUUGGCAUUUUAGAUGGCUCCCUCUCAUGGAAUAAGAAGCUUUAGCAAAGCUAGAGUUAUGUUCUUGUGAAAAGGCGUUAAAUUAUUUCUGUGUAUUAUAAGUAGCUAGCUUUACUUUUUAGAGAGUAGCAAACCUAAUACUUUGUACAAACUUAGAGUUUAUCCAAAGAUUUCAUCUUUUUUAUCUCAUUUCAUAUAAAUUUAAUGGGUAUACACUGCGUUUUCCUAUGCUUCUUAGCUGAAGCAACAUAUAUAGCUAUGUGACUUUUGUUUCUUAGAUAUCUAGUACAAAAAACAAUUCUUUGAAGAAAGAAAGGGGUUAAAUAUUUCAUUCCCCUAAAGCUUUCUUGAAGGUCAGGGGCUUUAUCAAUGAAAAAGUAGUAAAUAGCUUUUUUGUAACUUGUGUAAACAGUAGCCAGCCUUAAAAUAAUCCUUUCUGUUUAAGGGGUAGAACAAUGAACACUAGUGUAGUUGUUUGGGCUGCUUUUAGUUUCUCUUAAUAGAAAUUACUAGAUAAUAGAAUCUAAGUCUUGUCACUUGUAAUUACUUAAUGUACUGGUAAUCACUUAAAAGUAAAGAUUCUUUGGAAUGCA